UGUUUCCAAGAGCGCAGCGCACCAUGACACUCCACUGGACUUAAGCAAUAAGGAUUUCCGUCUUCACACAGUAAACUGACGCUCUCCGCUGUAUUUGAAGAGAAAAACAAAAGUUUGCCAAAGUUGUCCACUUGUUUUCCAAGAUGCCACGCUCUUUUCUGGUCAAGAAACACAUAAACUCCGCAAAGAAGCCAAAUUAUAGUGAGCUGGAGAGCCCAACAGUGUUCAUCACGCCGCAUUUCUACAAGGGCCUUCCCCUGCCUGUCAUCCCCCAGCCGGAGAUCCUGAGCCCGGCAGCGUACAGCCCCAUCACAGUAUGGACUACCAGCAACUUGCCGUUGUCUCCGCUACCCAGUGACCUCUCCCCCAUCUCUGGAUACCCUUCAUCGCUCUCCGACACCUCCUCUAAAGACCACAGCGGCUCUGAGAGCCCGAGGAGUGAUGAAGACGACCAGAUGCUGCCCAAACUGACAGACCCUCACGGAGUGGAGGCAGAGAAAUUCCAAUGUAGUUUGUGUAGCAAGUCCUACUCCACGUACUCUGGACUGCUCAAGCAUAAGCAACUGCACUGCGACGCGCAAACGAGGAAAUCCUUCAGUUGUAAAUAUUGCGAGAAGGAGUAUGUUAGCCUGGGAGCUCUCAAAAUGCACAUCAGGACUCACACUUUGCCUUGUGUUUGCAAAAUAUGCGGGAAAGCUUUCUCCAGACCGUGGCUGCUCCAAGGACACAUCAGGACGCACACCGGAGAGAAGCCGUUCUCCUGCCCUCACUGCAACAGGGCGUUUGCGGACAGGUCCAAUCUCAGGGCUCACCUACAGACCCAUUCGGAUGUGAAAAAAUACCAGUGCAAGAACUGCUCCAAAACCUUCUCCAGGAUGUCUCUUCUGCACAAGCAUGAGGAAUCUGGUUGUUGUGUAGCACACUGAACUGGGAUACACUUCCACCACCAGAAACCCUUUUUUUUUCCAGGCCCAGGAGAACUGUCAGGGAAUCACAUCGAGCAAAGUGGGGGGGG